AUGAUUGAGUGGACUCCUACUGUCAGCUCUAAGGGAGACGAGGUCCUUCGAAAGAUCCUCGUAUUCUACUGGCUCUUCAAACAGCAAGAACUCAGCGACCUUCAGACUUCAAUUGCACCUGCCCUCACCGAUACCGAUUUGAGAUGGCUUUCCUAUUGGCUAGCUGCAUAUACACGUGACACGUAUGGGCAAGGUCCCGGUGACGCAGAUAAAGGCACCAAGUAUGACAAGGGAGAUCGGUACACGCAGUGGAAAUCCCCCGAUGGAGGUUGGAAAUCAUUCAAUCAGUGGUUUUCACGAGAAUUGGUUGAUAUCGAUUAUUCCCGCCCUAUGGAUGGAAAGGAGGAUGACAAAGUCAUUGUCCAGGGUGCUGAUGCGAAGUUUCACGGCUACUGGGACAUUAACAAUGGCAUUCAUGAAAUAUCCGCCCAGUCUACUUUCAAAGUCAAGGGGGUCGAUUGGUCCAUUAAAGAGUUAAUCCGCGCCAUUGAUGGGGUUAAAACAUAUGGCAACGGGAGCUUCAUUCAUACAACCCUAGCGGUGGCCGAUUACCACCGUCUCCACGCCCCUGUGGAGGGAAAGGUGGUCCAAGCAACCAUCACCCAAGAUCAUUUUUAUCUUAAAAUCGUUCAGUCCAAAACUGAGGAUGGUAAAACUACAAUCUACCCAAAGCGGGAUAUUGUGGUCAAUCCUCAGGAACUACAGCGCCGAUUCGACAACGUUACAAGACUUGAGGAGACAACCAAUUCCAACAACCAAGAGGAGAUCCUUUCACUCUGCCGGUCGAAAAAUAAUCUCGAAAAUAAUCAAUCUAAGCUGCGAAAUUCCACCGGUCCAAAACCAGACAUCGGUAUCACUCCACCUGGUAACAAGAAAUCCGUGGACCAUGGCCUGGUUGCAGUUUUGCUCUUUGGAAUGACCCACGUUUCUUCGGUCAUCCUCACUGUGAAAGAAGGAGAAUUCUUGGAGAAGGGACAAAAUAUUUCCUACUUCCAAUUCGGCGGGUCUGAUACGGUGACUGUCUUCCAGAAACGACCUACCUACCGGGAUGGCCUUGAAGCUGGCAAGACCAAGUUGCACAUUAGAGAAAGGAUUGCCGAGUGGAAGUAA